UUUUCAACUAAUACGGACCGAAAAAAAUAAAUAUGAAACUACGGAUACUUAUUAUUCUAGUAUCAUUCAAGUGUAUGUUAGCGCAAGAUGUCAAAGUGCCUGAAGAUCUUUUAAAACCAAAAACUACAACACUAGGGUAUGAACAUGAAACAAUUCAGUUUACUGAUAUUGAAAUAAAUACUGAAAUUACAACGACAACCACAAACGAUUUUGUUGAAGACACUACAAUAGGUUCGUUAGAUCAUAAUCCAAACAAUCCAAAAUCAGACAAACUUACUGAUAAUAAACUUCCACUUUAUGUCUAUCCACAAUAUCCGAAUUUAUAUCCAAACUAUUUGCAAAAUCUUCAAUACGAAACACCAAACUGUAAUCAAAAUCCACCAUCAUAUCCAGUUGUAAUACCACCAAUUUAUGAUUCGAAAACUGUUGAGCCAGAUAUUGAAGAAAAUAUAGAAUGUCCAAUUGAUUUUAUUAAAAGCGAAUCAACUUGUAUUCCGCUCCAUUCUAAUAACUGUCCAUUCAAUUAUAUUUGGAAAAACGAUAGAUGUGUCUUAUCACAAACUGUAUGCCCGCUGAACUUUGAAUAUGAUGGUACGUCAUGUGUGGAGCGACAAGUUUGUCCUCCAAAUCAUGCUUGGAAGAAUGGAAAAUGCGUAUUACCAGAACCAACAUGUCCUAUUGGUUGGCAGUGGAAUGGAAAUACAUGUGAAAUAAUAAACAUUCAGUGUCAACCUGGAUUUAUUUUGAAAGGCAAAGAAUGCGUUCUUGAAAAAAUCACAUGUCCAAAUGGCUUCAAUUUAGUUAAUGAACAAUGUGUUACACCUCCUCCUGUUUGUAUGCCAGGUUAUGAGCUUCAAGAGACAGGGUUUUGCUUACAAAUCAAUAAAAAGUGUCCUCCGGGAACAGUAAUGAUUAAUGAAAAGUGUCAAGAGACAACAGUAAGCUGCUUACCAGGAUAUGAAAAAAUUGGAAAUCAAUGUUAUAAAAUAUUAGAAAUUCCUACAAUACCUCCUCCUUCCUUAGAAAUUGCCACCACAACUAAACGAGCUAUUAUUACUCAUCCAAUUGAUACACCAUCCGAAUUAACAACAGAAUCUAUUAUUCCAGACAUUCCUCCACCACCAUUGACCAAAAUUUGUCCCGAUGAUUUUAUCUUUCAUAAUAGUCAGUGCUACAGAUGUCCAUCAGGUUAUUCAUUAUGCAAUGGAAUGUGCUUAAGAAAUGUUGCUCCAUGUCGUCCGAAUUAUUCGACGAUCCCCAUGCCAAUGCCACCAAACUUUUAUCCAAAUAUUCAAAUACCUAACAUUAAUAUUCAUUUAAAUAUUCCCAGUCAUGACAUCCCAAAACUUUCACCUCGACGUUCUGAUAAAGAACCUAUCAAUGUUAUAAAUCAUAUUGAGCCCAUUAAUAAUACAAUUUACAAUAUCAAUAAUAUAACACAUCCUGUAACUUUAAAUAAUGUCAAUGAGAACAACAUUUUCGUAUACACCGAUACUCAGUGUGCAGAUGGAAAAAUUCGUACAACAAUAAUCAAAAAUAAUCAGACCAUAAUGGGAUGCAAUGAUAGUGAUAGUAGUUUGAAGCUUGAAAAUUCACCAGAAAAAACCACAACAGAAGAGUCGGAUGUUCGAGAAGAGGAAAUUACUAAAUCACAAAAGUGCUGUGAGGUUGUAACACCUAGACGUUGCAAGAAAAGAUUCACAAAUCAAUGGAUGUGUACUCAUAGAAGAUACAAACAUUGCGGCGAAAUUUGCAUAGCUAAUCGUCUUUAUAUUAAACCUCCUGCAACAGUUUGGUCUAACCAAAUCUUGACGAUUGCACCAUCUCCAAUUCAAACUUAUAUUAAACCCUGCUUUGGUCAUGAUUGUCCUAGUGUUGAUUGCACUGGAUGUAUCGAUGGAAGCUUUAAUUGCUCACCGCAAUGCUAUACAUAUCCAUGCUAUGGAGAUGGAUGUACUUAUAUUGACCAAAAUCAAUUCUGUGAAAAUUAUAGCGAUAAAGAAUUCUGCGAUUAAACUUAAAAAAAAAAUAUGUCCCGUUAGCAUUAAAAUAAAAGGUAA